ACUUCUUAAAUAGCGAUUUUCUGAUGAUUGCAUACUUUGAUGUUCAUUUUAAUUACAGAUGGUUUCGAUGAAAACAAUGUAACCGUUUUAGAGUCCAUACAUACAUCAUAUUAUAACAUCAUACACAAGAGUUAAUGUCACCAGCUGAGGUAACAGUGUAGUCUGAAUAUAUUCUAACCAAACAUGGCAUCUGGAGGACAACAAGAUUUUUUAAAGCGUCUUCAACAGUUUUAUGGAGAUGUUGUGAUGAAUGUAGUACAUGUAUAUUUUGAAAGAGAAGUUUUAGACAAAACUACGUUGUUUUUGUUUCUUGACAAACAUAAACAUGAGUUAUUUCAUGAAUUCAUUCCCAAGAUUUCAUGUUGUGAAUGUUUUAAGUCGAAUUCGAUAGCAUCAGUUUCUAAAACAGGUUGUUUGGAUGAAUUUCAGUUUGACCUUUUGUAUGAUCGUUCGGCAUGUGCAGAAACUAACCACGAGAUUAAAAGGGGACAAAAGUUUCAACAAUAUUGUGUUUGCAAUAUAAAUCCCAAAAUAGUAGAAGUAGCAGAUCUUGACAUUAUACUGAUUCGCGCAGUGAUAAAAACAUGUUGUAAACGAACCCUUCCUGGUAACCCGUCGUGGCUGAAGGAAAUCAAGGACGUCAGAAAUUAUAUUGAUCACAUUGGAAGCUCUUACAGGAUCUCUAAAUCUGAUUUUGAAGAAAAAUGGAGCAGACUAGAGACAAACACUCUUAACAUCGCGUUGAUGACUGGAAAAUCAUUUCAGUUCAUGACACAGAAGGAUAUACACAAACUGAAAGCGGAACAUGAUACCAUUGACAGGAUACAAGCGGUGGCCGAAAAUGCAAAUGAUAGUUUAAAAGAGGAGAUUUUAAACGCUUUAAAGAAUCAACCUGGCGUUAAACAAGACGAAAUUGGACAGAUUAGUUAUCAAUUGGAUCAGAUUCUUUUCAAAAUAACAGACCUUGAAGUUCAAAUUUCCACGAAGCAAAAAGCAGAUGUCAUUGAAAGCGAACGGAAAGAAGAUCCUACGAAGUGCUAUGUUAGAUGGACACUUUCAACUCCUAGUAGCUGGCGUGUAGAAGAUAUCAAACGGAAGCUCAGAUCCGUAGCAGAAUUAACGAACUUUACAAUAGAAUUUGUUUAUGCAGGAUCACUCAUAAUAGACACGUCAGUUUCCUUAGAUAUGAUCACAGAUCCGGAGAGAUUUUGUAUAGCUUCCUUAGAAUUUCUACGGAGUCUUGUAAAGUCUUGUGAGAUUAAUACCACCGUUGCUGUUAGUGUAGAUGUUAAAGUUUUAGCAUCUUUUUUAUCGUAUAGAGAAACAGAAAGAGCAGAAGAAUUAACUUUUGGAUCCUGUCGAACAUGUAGUAAUAGAAACCUGACUACUGCAGCAGAAAAGUGGUGUAAAGACUGCCAGGAACUUUAUUGCAACACCUGCUCUAUGUACCAUACAGCUAUCACACCUUUGGCUAAUCAUACAAUGCUAUCGUUAAGCGAUAAUAUGGAACAUUUUCCACCAAACAUUCCACAAAACAUUACAUGUAAUAAACAUGAUUGGGAUUUUAAUUUCUUUUGCAAAACACAUAAACAAAUAAUUUGCGUUGAGUGCGUCAGGCUGGAUCACACAAAUUGUGCUGACAUUGUUCCUCUUAGUGUUGCUGCUUUAAAUACAACAUCGUCAUCCAUAUUUGAAAAUUUGGUAUCACAUGUACAAGAACUGAUUGCUGACACGGAACAAGUUUUGUCAUAUUUAGCAAAUCUGUCAUUAGCAAAUGAGCAACAAAUUACUUACAUUAAAUCUGCUAUUGCAGAUAAGUUUAAAUGGAUUUCUUUUGAAAAUGAAAUAAUAAAUAUCACCUUAAAUGAAUUGAAAUCAAAGCACGAAGUGUGUAGAACUGAAAUAGAAAAGAGUGUUAAAAAAAUGAUGACAAUAAAACAGAACAUUUCUAAAAUUGAUAUUCAGUUAUAUCAAAUGAAAGAAUAUUGUUCUGAACGUAAGGUGUUUUUCUUUGUACACAACAUUGUCAAAAGUAUAACGAGGGCAGAUAAAACAUUUAGAACAUCUUCAGUUUGUACUGUAAAUCAGGUGAAACAUUUAGCAUUCAAGGUUAUGAGAUUGAAAAGCUUGAAAUAGUGUUAAAUUCUGAACCUUAUAUUUUUCAUUCUGCAAAAAAAGAAGCAAAACAAUAAACAGGCUCAAGUUCCAAUUUCUGUAAGCAGCAUUGACAAAAUAAGACUGUAAAAAAAAAUCACAUUUCAUCUAAAAUAUAAAGUCAUAAAAUAUUUAAAGGUAGUAUGUCUUAAUGACAAAGUAAUUAUUUUUAACAACACAGCAACGGGACUUCUAGUAUACAAUAUCAUGGGUUCUUUGGAGCGAGAAAUUGAAAUUUCAAAGAACUCCAAAAUAGAAAUUCAUGGUUUAAAGUUAAAGAUAUAACGGUUAUCAAUAAAGACUGCAUCGCUGUGAUGAGAAAGAAUGAUAUAUUAAGUGUAAACGUAGAAAAUGAUAUCGUAAUUGUAUUACCAAUAGUCGCAAAAUAUAUUCUUGUCGUAGAAUAUUUUAUUGGGAAGAUUUUUCUUUAUAUUUUCGAUCGUAAUUUUAACAUUACUGUUAUAGACUUGGGUGGAAAUUUUGUCAAAAUCAUUAAUUUUGAAAUUGUUUUUCACGGUAUCAAAUCAUAUGUUGUUCAAAAUAAUAAGAUAUUCGUUUUAUCAAAAGUUUUUAGAUGUUUCGAUUUAAAUGGCCAACUACUUUGGCAAAGCAAAAAUCGACGAACGUGAUUUUUCAGUCUGAUAUACAAAUUUCCGUUGAUAAUUGGGACAAUUGUUAUAUACUAAGUGCUGUUAGUAAUAAUAUAAAAGUUAUAUCAAACUAUGGCCAUCAAAGCAAAUUAUUACUUUCAGUGACAGAUGGUAUCAGAUAUCCAAGAGCGGUAUAUUUUGAUAAGACGAACAACCGUCUAAUUGUAAUGACUGUAUACUGUAUAUGUACAGUGUUUGAUGUAACUUUAAAAGAGUAAUUACAUAUACAUGUAUUACUGUCGAAUUGAAAAUACAUAAA